CGCGGACAGGCAGGGGACAGAGCCGGCGUUCGGGGGUAGCCGCGUUCGGGGGUAGCCGCGUUCGGGGGUAGCCGGGGCACUGCGCGCAGUGAGCGUCUAAAAAAGUAGCCGGUUUCCGCGCAGCAGAGGCGCUAAUCCUACUCGGAGGCUUGGCUGUAUGCCCAAGGGUGCUGAAGCCACGCGGCUCGGCGCACGCGCACUUCCCGCGCCUGCUCCCGCCCUCUUCCAGCCUAGCGGCGGCGUUGACACACAUGCGCAAACUCUCUAGAAUGCUCCCUAGGUGGGGCGGAGCCUGCCAGUCAGAGCUGGAGUACAGCUGCUUGGGCAAUGAGGUCAUUUUUGGAGGAGCUGCGUGUGUGUCCCCACCCCUCGGCAUUCCUACCCCAAUAAGACAAGAGAACUAUCUCGGCUGUCUACGUUUCAGUCUUAACGGUUGCGGUGAGCGCUAGCCUGGCGCAAGCGCACACUGACCCACGCGCACACUCACGGCGCGCCCGGGGCGGUGGUUGGAGGCUCGAGAAGCGCGGGACUAGGGUACCGGGACGCGGUGAUGGGCGAGGCGGAGACGCCUUCUUUUGACAUGACCUGGAGCAGCACGACCAGCAGUGGCUACUGCAGCCAAGAGGACUCAGAUUCAGAGCUCGAGCAGUACUUCACGGCGCGCACCUCGCUGGCACGCAGGCCGCGCCGAGACCAGGAUGAGCCUGUGGAGUGGGAGACACCUGAUCUUUCUCAAGCCAAACUUGAACAGAAGAUCAAGGAGUAUAAUGGCCAGAUCAACAGCAACCUGUUCAUGAGCCUGAACAAAGAUGGCUCCUACACAGGCUUCAUCAAGGUUCAGUUGAAGCUGGUACGCCCUGUCUCAGUACCCUCCAUCAAGAAACCACCUUCCUUGCAGGAUGCCCGGAGGGGCCUGGGGCGGGGCACAGCUGUGAGACGCCGCACCUCCUUUUACCUGCCCAAGGAUGCUGUCAAGCAUCUCCAUGUGCUGUCACGCACACGGGCCAGUGAAGUCAUUGAGGCCCUCCUACGCAAAUUCUUGGUGGUAGAUGAUCCCCGAAAGUUUGCACUCUUUGAACGGGCUGAACGUCAUGGCCAGGUGUACUUCCGGAAACUGUCAGAUGAUGAGCAGCCUCUGCGGUUACGGCUCCUUGCAGGGCCUAGUGAGAAGGCCCUGAGUUUCAUUCUAAAGGAGAAUGACUCUGGGGAGGUAAAUACUACUGUCAAGAAUUCUAGCAAAGACUAUUCAAGCAAGAGCUUAACAUCAAAAAGCCCAGAUCUAGCUCUUGUGAUCAUUAUAUCAUGGCUUUCUCUGGGGAGGGUCUGCCUGCUUGGCCAUGCCUGCUGCAUCCUGUGUACUUCCCCUCACCCUCUUCCAGUGGGAUGCCUUCAGCAUGCCAGAAUUACACAAUUUUCUGCGCAUCCUGCAGCGAGAGGAAGAAGAACACCUCCAACAGAUCCUGCAGAAGUACUCCCGUUGCCGCCAAAAGAUCCAAGAGGCCCUGCAUGCUUGCCCCCUGGGGUGACCUGUUAUAUACCUGGGUGGCAGGAGGAAAGUAGGCAGUGCCAAGAGCGUGCUGUGUGAGUGUGACAGGGCCCAUGGGGGCCUGAGGAAUGAGUGUGCAUGAAGGCUCUCCACUAAUGGGGAGAACAAGCCCAGGGAACAGCAAAGGAGCUGACCCCCUGUGUCCACCAAUGGGUGUAGCAGGGCAUGUCUUUGCACCCCUCUGCCUCUCAUAUACUGGGUUAUAGCAGUUUAAGGCUGCCCUGGGCAGCUGCUCCAGGCUUGCAGCAGAGGUGGAGCAAAUAGAAGUCUCCUUAAUUUGUGUCUCAGAUAUGAGAAUCUUGAAGAUCCCACAAACAAGGGUAAUGUUUACAGGGAUUGAGGGCCCUCAACUAUGAAAAGAAGUUGUGUUCUGGGUCUUGAGUGAAAUCUCAGGAUAGCCUUAUCAGAGCCAAGAGUGAGUGUUCAGAAUAAGGUAGGCAUUGAGGUGGAGUCUAGGUUGCUCUUUAUACUGCCUUCCUGAGGUCAAGGAGUGUUGGUUUACAGUGCAGAUAGCGCCUCAGUGCCUCCCAAGAAGGAUGUCCCUGGGCCAGACCAGGGUCUUCAUGAUGAGGACAGGGGGCCAGGCCCAUUCCUCAUUUAUCAUCAAAGCCAGGGUCUCUCCCUGAGAUGUAUGUUUGUUUGUCUGUUUGUUUGUUUGAGACAGGGUCUCUCUUUGUAGUGCAAGCUGGUCUUGAACUCACUGUGUAGCCCAGGCUGGCCUCAAAUUUGUGGUGAUCCUCCUGCCUCAGCAUCCCAAGUGCUGGAAUGACAGGCAUGUGCCACCACACCUGGCUCCCUCAGAUGUUUUUGUUGAAGUGUAUGAAUGUACUGUAUGUGAUGUUUUGUAGCCUCAACUGAAUGCCUCCUGUGGGGAAAAAGGGUGGGGGGGGGGGUGACAUCAUCAGGACCUGAGGCCUGAGAAAAUUGGCUGAAUAAAGAUUUAAGACAA